CGUUCGGGUUUACUCGGAUUCGUCGUCGACUCGAGAGCGUCAUUCUCGUGUUCCUUCGUACUGCUUUUCCCGCGCAUUUGCGUCUGAUCUGUUCGCUCUGCUAGUAGUUACUCAAAGCGACUGCUGGCUAUUUGGGUUUUAUCCGGCUGUGUACACAGAAGAAUUGGGGUUUUAUCGAAAAAGAAGAGACUCCUCUUGCAUUUUAAUUUUAUAAGACGUUAAUAACAUGGCCGAUUCGAGCCCUGUUCCUUCACCUGCGGCUAGUCGUGGGGAUUUAGCGACAUCACCACUUCGUGAAUUAGAGGAACCCUUCGAGGACGAAGGAGAUAUUUUGGGCAGUGAACAUUCUGGGGCCCCUGUGGAUGAGGAAGAACAGGAUGGAGAAGAAUUAUUUGGGGAUAAUAUGGAGGCG